AGAUGCAAGUAACUUGUUGUUAUAGAGGAGAGAGACUGGAGCUGGGCAGCAUCUGAAACACAGACUGUGAUAACUUGAAUCUAAAGAUACAAAGUCCAGCAUCCGAACGGUCACAGCCAGAGGCUGAAAUCAGAGCCCCCAAAGCGAACUGGAAAAGCCAGACUACGAAUAGAGUUCUAGGAGAUAUAAUUUGGGGCUUGCCCAAGUCCAGUUCAAGACCAUAAUUGCAUCAGGCGACACAGAUCCAAUCCAGGGCUGUUCAAAUUGCAGGAGAGCCAUUCACACAACCACUAACCCAGAGUUGUUUGGGCCCAGCAUCUAUAACUCAGGGCUGCCUUGUUCAAGCUUAUUGAGAGGUAGAACACCAUGGAGGAUGGAGCACGUCGCCGAGGAGGUCCUGAGAAGGGCUCAGCCAGCCCAGACAAAUCAGAAGGAGGUGGUGUUGCGCUCAAGAAGGAGAUUGGGCUGAUGAGCGCAUGUGGCAUUAUUGUGGGUAACAUCAUUGGAUCAGGGAUCUUUGUGUCGCCGAAGGGUGUGUUGGAGAACGCAGGCUCAGUAGGGCUGGCCUUAAUUGUGUGGAUUGUAACUGGCCUCAUCACUGCUGUGGGAGCACUAUGCUACGCGGAGCUGGGAGUCACCAUCCCCAAAUCUGGAGGCGACUAUUCCUACGUCAAAGAUAUCUUUGGCGGACUGGCUGGGUUCCUGCGGCUAUGGAUUGCUGUGCUGGUGAUCUACCCUACCAAUCAGGCUGUCAUUGCCCUUACCUUUUCAAACUACAUACUGCAGCCAAUCUUCCCUACCUGCCUUCCCCCAGAAACCGGACUCCGAUUAAUGGCUGGGGUCUGCCUUUUGCUGCUGACUUGGGUGAACUGUGCCAGCGUGCGUUGGGCCACACGCGUCCAGGAUAUCUUCACAGCUGGGAAACUGCUGGCACUGGGACUUAUCAUUAUCAUGGGAAUUGUGCAGAUCUGCAAAGGUGAAUACUUCUGGCUGGAGCCAAAACACGCCUUUGAGUUCUUCCAGACGCCAGAUGUGGGACUGGUAGCACUGGCCUUCUUACAGGGCUCUUUUGCCUACGGGGGCUGGAACUUCCUCAACUAUGUCACCGAAGAGCUGGUUGACCCGUACAAGAAUCUGCCUCGAGCCAUCUUCAUCUCCAUUCCCCUGGUCACCUUUGUCUACGUCUUCGCCAAUGUGGCCUAUGUCACUGCCAUGUCACCCCAGGAAUUGCUGGCCUCCAAUGCAGUUGCAGUGACCUUUGGGGAGAAACUGCUAGGAGUCAUGGCUUGGAUCAUGCCCAUCUCUGUUGCCCUCUCCACCUUCGGAGGAGUCAAUGGCUCUCUCUUCACUUCCUCUAGGCUCUUUUUUGCUGGCGCCCGGGAGGGCCAUCUCCCCAGCGUGCUGGCCAUGAUUCACGUACGGCGCUGCACUCCCAUUCCUGCCUUACUCUUCACUUGCCUUUCCACCUUGCUUAUGCUGGUGACAAGUGACAUAUAUACCUUGAUCAAUUAUGUGGGUUUCAUCAACUACCUCUUCUAUGGGGUGACUGUGGCUGGGCAAGUUGUGCUACGCUGGCGGGAACCUCACCGGCCUCGUCCCAUCAAGGUGAGCCUGUUCUUCCCCAUAAUUUACCUGCUGUUCUGGGCCUUCCUGUUGGUGUUCAGCUUGUGGUCAGAACCCGUGGUGUGUGGCAUUGGCCUAGCCAUCAUGCUGACGGGAGUCCCCGUCUACUUCCUGGGAGUGCACUGGGAGCAUAAACCACCUGCCUUCCACACGUUUGUUGAUGCAGUGACUCGGGCAGGACAGAAGCUUUGCGUUGUUGUAUACCCCCAAAUGGAUGCAGGGGAACCUGAACCCAAUCUCAGUAAAGAGACCAAGGAGCAGCUUGAGCCAAUGUGUGAAAUGGAAGAUGUCAACCUCCCUCAGAUCUGAGGCUUUUUGCUGCCUGGGGGCGGGUGGGGGUAGAAUCAGCAGCAGCCAGCCAGCUAUGGACUGCAUAGUACCCUUGUUGGGUCCGGAAUGGAUAAAUGGGAGCUCACAUACAAUGAGGGCUCCCUCACUGCACCCUUCAGCACCACAUGUUGGGAUUGGAAUAGGUGGGAAUGUCCCACUAGCCCCACUGAUGCCCCACUGCCAGCUUCCUACGGAAAAUCCUUGCUGGGUCUGGAGUACUCACACCCACAGUUCCCUACCUGCAUUGUCCCCUGCUGGGACUGGAAAAAAACGGGAGCUCCCCUCACAGCCCCAAACCAUACGCCCACAGCCCCGCCGCCACCACACACACCCCCUGCUGGAAGGGGCUCCCUCGUUGUUGCCUUACAUGGUUGGGAAUGUUCUCCUUGGGUUUGAACCUCGCGGGGGGGAGGGAAGGUCCUCCCCCUCGGUUUUGUGUCCUUGUAUUUUUCACAUUUCUGUCUCUCUCUUUUUUGAUGAAAUAAAUUAAACUCAACUUGC